UGUGGUUUAACUUUAACUUGAUUUGAUUUAUCCUUGUUUCUUCUUGAUGACGGAGGAAUUGGAAUCCAUCAAACCCUGAAGUUGAUCUGUUUUUGUCAUUUCACCAUUCCUAAAAGUGUAAACCUCAGAGAUUGCUUGUUGCUGAGUCUCCUCCCACCUGGUCAAGUGCUGCCGGGGCAGGAAAAAAUAAACCAUGGGAGUUGCCUCCAAAACAUUUACUCCAAGCUGCCGGGAUUGUUGCAGGGACUCAGGUCUGCACCCAGAGUCAGACGCGCGUUAGUCCGCCCACUUUACAUCAGGGGAAGCCGGUCCGUUUCCUCCCCUUCUUUCUCUAAAGGAAGCGCAAAAAUAAGCAUCGGCGGCCGAGCGCCCGAGCCUGAACGCCCUUUAGUGCAAGUCGGAGGAGACCAACCAUGAGGUCCACCGGGGUUCUGGUUCUGCUGCUCGUGACUCUCCACGUCUUCGGUUCAGAUUUAUCAUCCGACCCACCGAAUGAUCAACAAAACAGUACAGCAGCACCAACCACAAAGCCCACAUUAAUAGAGGGUCAAACUACGAGAGCAGCGACACUGACUGCAGCUCCAACAAGCUCUUCUGCUUCACAAAUCACCAACAUGACAACUCCUAAAAUCGACCCGGUCCAUCCAGCGUUCACUGACAAUACUUCAUUAUUAAUCACCAACGUUACUCAAGAACCCAGUUUGUCCACUAUAUCACCAGUUUUGACCAAUGGAACUGCUGCAUCUGGAACUGUUUCCACUCCGACCCAAAGCAUGACUGCGAAUGAGACCAGAGAGGCUCCAGGUGUAACCCAGCCUGCAGUGACAGAAAAACCACAUUCCACUGAGACGCCACGUGACGGCGUGAAGGAGAAGACAACGGAUGAAGGUGAAGUUGCUGACAAAAGGCUUUGGUGGCUUGUUCUGCCUGCUGUUGUGAUCGCAGGAGCUGCUGCAAUUUUCUUCAAAUUUAAAAGCAAGAAAGUCCACCAUCACACAGAGACCAUUGAUACUGGAACUGAGAACGCAUCUUUCCAGAGCCGACCGGAAAGCAGCAAAGAUGGCGUCAUGCUCCUGGGGGUGAAGUCAUCAGGCGGCGAGGAACACGCUGCUGCCAGAUAAAAAAAAAAGAAAAAAAAAAACCAACAGGAAAACACCAAACAGUGGAAGAGCCACGAGCGUCGCCUUCCCUGGAGGGAUCAGUAAACGGAUGACUUCAUCUUUUUGGCUUUUAUUUGUAAAUUAGGUACACGUGUAGUCAAUCGGGAAGAAUUUUAUGCCAUCUUCCCGUAAACCGAGGACUCACUUUUAGGGGAAAUAAGACUCCAAACAGGAAAACAGCAGUUAAUUUGUUGUAUAUGUGAAUCCAGAAGCUUGUUUCCUGAUCCCUCACUGUUUUUAAUGAGUGCUCAUUUCAUAAAUCCUUAUGGUUAGUUGUUCUGUUUGUUACUCAGGAUCAAUUUUUUUCACUUAUUUUAAACGCAUUUGAAACUGUCUUUAUUGAUGUUGAAAUGUCGUUGCUGUAAGACAUGAUUAAACUUAUGUAACACACCAAAGCCUCAGAUACAGAUAAUAAACUGCUGGAAAAAG